AUGGCAUCUUCUAGUAGUUUGACCAUACAAUCAAGCUUCGUCUCAGCAAGAACAAGGCUCGGUUCUAUCUCCAAGCCGAAUCUCUCUGGAUUCGCGUGUCGUUCUCUUUCAAAACCCAGAAACUUGAAUCUCUCUGUUCGUUGCUCCAUGGGUUCCUCGAAUUCUUCUCAGAAAUCAGACAACGUCCAAGGUUCUGUUCUUUCGUCUUUCAUUGCUUCUUAUGUCGACCCGAUUCACGUUGUCUAG